GACAAGUAGUUUGCCCCUCUUGCAAGCAGCCAUGAAGUGGAGCGUUCGGCUUCUCAUGGUCACGGCUGCCGUGCGACGCUCAGCGGCGGCCUCUGAGCAGGAGCUCUUGGAGUUCAAGCAGGACUUUCUGGAGUUUGACCUGAACAAGGACAACCAGAUCGAUGCGCAGGAAGUCCGCGCACAGUUCAAGGGGAACUUGGACGCCAAGGAGCUUCACCAGUUCUUUAUCGACGUCGACAAGGACCUCUCAGGUACUAUCUCGCUGCAGGACAUGGGACAAACCCAAUUUGUCCAUAGCCUCCAGGAGUACGUGGACUAUGCGGCCUCGCUGAAUAGUGGCGGCGAAUCGACGUCCAAUCCGUACCGAGCGCCGGAGUAGGCCUUUCGGAUGGCAUCGCUAUGCGAGC